AGGUGUGUGAGUAACAUUAUUCUUUCAUUUUUUCUUCCAUGUCCAGUCUUGAAGGAUGAACUCAGUUCAUUUUGUGUCAGCAGCAGCUAUCAUCACCACUCACUCUAACAACCCCAAACUUGUUUCCUUCUUCAAAACCAAAACCAAAACCAAAACCAAACCUUACUCCCUCAAUUGCUCCUUUCACCUUUCCAAGCUCCAAGUUUCAGCGCUCAAGGAUCAGCCUCCCAAGUCAGAGACUCAUAAUACUGCUUCAGAUGAUGAUGAAGGUGCAAAACUUCCACUUGAUGAAAAUGGCGGAAAAAGUUUUGAUCUUGGAUGGUUCCCUGUUUUUCCUCACGUUCUGCUUGCUUCAAUGUCUAAUUUCAUCUUUGGGUAUCAUAUUGGGGUCAUGAAUGGUCCUAUUGUUUCCAUAGCCCAUGAGCUUGGUUUUGAGGGAAAUUCAUUCAUUGAGGGACUUGUGGUCAGCAUAUUUAUUGCUGGUGCAUUUAUUGGGAGCGUAAGCGCUGGUUCUUUGGUGGACAAACUCGGUUGUCGGCUCACGUUUCAGAUUGAUACCAUACCCUUAAUCCUCGGGGCAGUGAUAAGUGCUAAAGCCCAGUCCUUGAAUGAGAUACUUGGAGGAAGAUUUCUUGUUGGUCUUGGUAUAGGUGUGAACACUCUUCUUGUUCCAUUGUAUAUAUCUGAGGUUGCUCCAACAAAAUAUCGGGGUGCCCUAGGGUCCUUUAGUCAAAUUGGCACUUGCCUUGGCAUUAUUGCUUCACUAUUUCUUGGAAUUUCUUCUGAGAACGAUCCACAUUGGUGGAGGACAAUGCUGUAUAUUGCAAGUAUCCCUGGUUUUAUUGUUGCACUUGGUAUGCAAUUUUCUGUUGAUAGUCCACGCUGGCUUUGCAAGACUGGGAGAAUAAAUGAUGCUAAAACAGUAGUACGUGAGCUUUGGGGAGCAUCUGAAGUUGAGAGUGCAAUUAAAGAAUUCCAGUCUGUUAGCAAGAAUGAUGGUAGGGAUUUGGACAGCAGAUGGUCAGAGAUUUUGGAGGAGCCACAUUCUAGAGUUGCCUUCAUUGGAGGUACUCUUUUCGUACUUCAGCAGUUUUCAGGCAUAAACGGAGUUCUUUAUUUUUCAUCACUGACAUUUCGAGAUGUUGGAGUUCAAAGCAGUGCAUUAGCAAGCUUGUUUGUUGGGCUAACUAACUUUGCAGGUGCACUUUCUGCUUUAUACUUGAUCGAUAGAGAAGGGAGACAAAAACUUUUGAUUGGAAGCUACUUAGGAAUGGCAAUGUCAUUGUUUCUUGUGGUAUGUGCUGUGAUCUUUCCAUUGGAUAAGCAACUCAACGACAACUUAUCAAUAAUAGGAACUAUCAUGUAUAUAUUCUCUUUUGCAAUUGGAGCUGGCCCAGUAACUGGCAUCAUUAUACCAGAGCUUAGUAGUACCAGGACACGAGGGAAGAUCAUGGGGUUCAGUUAUUCAACCCAUUGGGUAUGCAACUUUGUGGUGGGAUUGUUCUUCCUUGAGAUGGUGGAGAAAUUUGGAGUUGCACCAGUAUAUGUCAGCUUUGGAGCAGUUUCCCUGUUAGCCGCAUUAUUUGCCUAUUACUUCAUAGUAGAAACUAAGGGGCGCUCUCUAGAAGAAAUUGAAAGGUCCUUAAACCCAAAAGCUUGACCAUUGAUAAAUUUGUAUACCAAUCUACGGGAUGUACAUUGUACAGUAUGAGAGUGUUUCUUUACGUGAGAAUUGUGGGAAUAAAUUAUGAUCAUUAGACCUAAUCACGAAUGGUCAAUAUUAAAAUUCAAGUUGGUGAACAACCCUUCUCAGGGAUAUCCCCUUGCAUGCAUACCUGUAACUGAGGCUCUGCUGGUAUCUCCAAGACUCCAACAUGGCAUUGGCGCCCUACCCGGCAGUCCAAAGGUGCUUUUUCUUUCUUAAAAAAAAGAGCUUACCUGAUAAAGUACAAGAUGCGGGAGACUGCUUUCAUGAUGAGAUCCUUAACAAUGUAAAAUUCCAAUAAACUCUGUAAAUUUUUAUUAUCCAUCCUUAACUGGUUUUACUUCUUAUCAACCUAUGGUGAAAUUUUGAUGUUUUGUA